GAAAAAUUGAAUUGGAUGGCUACCAUAAAGAUCUUCGAAGCAAAAUCAUUAUUAUUCCGCAAGAUCCCGUUAUUGUUUAUCGACACGUUAAGGUAUUUUUGAAUGAUCUUAUUUCAAAAGAUGAUGGUGGAAGUUUGGAUGACGAUCCGGAUGAAGAAAGGGAUAGUGCUUCCUCUUGUGCCUCUGCCACUGACGCUGACGAUCCUAUCGUUCGCCGACGUAAAACUGGAGAACGGUACCAUCCUCAACCCGUACCACCAAUGUUCGAAAUCUAG